AGCUAAAACUUCACACCUUAAGAGAAAAAGUUCAAAAAUGGUCCUCACGUUUACUUUUCUUUAACCGGAGCUCGUUCUACGUCGACAGCACACCCUGACACUUGUCCUUUUUGCCGGUCGCCAAGCUUCGGUGGCAAAGGUGACUAAAUCGGGAAGAUGUUCCGCUGGCCGUUAAAAUGGACAUUCAGCCUUCUGUGGCUCCUAAGGACGAGCACCGCCUCGCCUGACGAUGCACCGGCGGAUCUCGGAGGCGCGUCCGGCUCCGGGAUGCUGCUGACAGAAGAGGUGAACAUUCUGCAGGAGCUUUCUCUUCAAGUGUCAAACAGCAGUAACACCUCCAUGACUGUGGAGGACAGCAGGUGUCCAGUUCUACAGGUGGGACAGUACUCCACCUUGGCUCUUCCCCUACUACAGCUCUUCACUGACGGGUUUGCAGAUGAGUUCAGUUUACUGGUGCAGCUGCAGAGUCCCCAGAGAGAAGAAAGUAGUGUCUUCACCAUGCUCAGCCCCGACAGCCACAUUAUGCUGCAACUACGGAUCAGUGCUUACGCUGUCAUCUUCAUAGUAACACAGCAACAACACUAUGAGUUCCCAGUCAGUGGUCUGUCUGAUGGAAAGUGGCACCAUGUGGCUGUCAGCGUGUCUGCCAAGCGGCUGGCGGUUUAUGUGGACUGCUCUCUGCUGGAGAGUGUGGACUGGGUGUACCAGGGCAUGGGGAUCAGCACAGACGGGCUGCUCAUGAUUGGAGGCAUCAUCGAGAGCUUUGAGAUUCCAUUUAAAGGUCAUCUCAGACAGCUAACCUUCCUGAUGGAUGACCCAGAUGCGGCCCAUCAACACUGUAGCCGCCACCCACCCCGCUGCAGUGAGAUGACCCCCAAGCCUCCUCGAUCCCCACGCACCAACAAUGUCCUGGAGAAUGUGUUCCCACGCCGAGGGAGUUCUCGAGGGGAUGGGACAGUGCUUUCAGGACCCAGUCGGAAAGGUUCAGUAGUUCGUGCAAAUGUCUUUGUGGUGGACGAGGAUACUGACUUGUUGGAUUCAAUCUUCCAAAAUGGCGGACAAUUGAACCCCCAGUGGAAGCCCUUCAGAAAUGACCUUAAAGGAAACCAGAAGGGGAAACCUGAAAUGUCCUCUAAACAUUUGGAGGAGAACAUUACCACAGAGGAGAAGACAGAUUCAAGUGGGAGGACUUCAUCGCUGUUCCCCAGAAAACCUUCCAGUAACAUAAUUGACCUGGACACCGAAAACAAACCCAAGAAGCCCUCAGUAGGGUUUCCUGUACUUCCUAGGAUCCCUUCAGAUCCUAGAACAUCCACAGAGUCCAGCAAACUGAGGGAGGAGACAGAUGAUCAGACCACGACUGUCUCACCUACACCUCAUGCAAUAACCUCUGGCCCAUAUGCAAAAGCAGUAGUUGAGGAGGGGGGACCCAUCACCACGCAGAGCACCACACACUCAGAUCGUAGAGCGAAGCACAACGGUAAACAGCCGGACCUGGAGCGCCCUGGAACUGUGACCAUUGUAUCCAUAGAUGGAGACCUGGUCCAGAGCUCAGAUGGCAAAAUGUACCGGCUCCAGAGUGGACCACCAGGCCGAAUGGGUCCUCCAGGGCAAGAAGGCUGUUCUGGUGAGCCUGGCCGGUCUGGGUUUAAAGGUGAUCAGGGUAAAAUGGGCCCUGAAGGCAAUCCAGGAAAAAAAGGGGAGCCAGGACCUCCUGGACCGGCAGGUUUACCAACCCUCUACCUGUGGAAGAAUACUGCUGAGGAGUGGGAUGCCUUCCAGCAAACCAAUUUCUACCAGUUACUUGUUGCUGGAUGGCCUAGUGAAGAAGGUCCUGAGGGACCACCUGGAGAGAUUGGAAAACCCGGCAUACAGGGGCCACCUGGUGAACCUGGGGAGCGUGGACGACAAGGGAUGCCAGGAGAGAUGGGUGAGCAGGGUCCCAGGGGCCCUCCAGGACGAGUCGGGUCCCCGGGGAGAAACGGUGAAAAUGGAGAAGAUGGUCAGCCCGGGUCACCUGGUGCUCCUGGAUCACAGGGUCCCUGGGGAUACAGGGGAGAACGAGGGUCCAAAGGGGAAAAGGGUGAUGAGGGUCUCAUUGGCCUCAAAGGUCCAAGAGGGGAAAUUGGUGAACCUGGUGAGAAGGGCUCAACUGGUUUACCUGGCCCACCUGGUCCUGUUGGACCACCAGGGCCUCAUGGGAUCCGAGGUGGCCACGGGCCAGAGGGGCCCCAAGGGGCUGAUGGCGAGAGCGGACUGGAUGGCCCCCCAGGUCUGCCAGGGCCGACGGGUGCACCAGGUGUUACAGGACGUGUUGGCGCUCAAGGAGUUAAUGGCUCAAGGGGGGACAUAGGACCUGCUGGCAGUGUUGGCCCCAAAGGCCCACAGGGGCCUCCAGGUUUAGAUGGACAGAUUGGAUCUCCUGGACUCAGAGGACCCCAAGGACAUUCAGGACUGAUUGGUGUUCCUGGCCCUAAAGGAGAUCCUGGGCCAGUGGGGCCAAUGGGUGCAUGGGGGGAUCCUGGCUUUGAGGGGCCCAUGGGCAUUCCGGGGCAACAGGGUCCUACGGGCUUUCCCGGGGUAAUGGGUAACAGGGGACCAGAUGGAGACAAGGGGGAUCCAGGACCUAAAGGCAACAAAGGUAUUCAGGGGGCGGCAGGAAUUAGGGGUCCUCAGGGAGAGAGGGGCCCCACCGGCUUCCCAGGUUUCCGAGGGACCAAGGGCCAGCCUGGCCCCGAAGGCACUGAGGGCACAAAUGGAGAAACUGGCCCUCAGGGAAAACAGGGCAGCAGUGGGUUAAAGGGGAACAGGGGACCAGAUGGACGUGACGGCAAACCAGGACCCAGAGGGAACAAGGGUCGGACUGGACAGAGGGGCCACCCUGGCCAACCAGGCCCACCGGUAAACUUGCCUACCAAGCCUGUCAGAAAUGACUCAUGGGUUUGCUGGGGCCACCUGGACCAGAGGGAGCAGAAGGAAAGCCUGGGUCCCUCGGGUGCAGCUGGCAGUGCCGGGAGUAAAGGAGUGGCGGGUUUUCAAGGAAUUGCUGGGGAGAGAGGAGUAGAUGGCCCACCAGGUUCUCUGGGGCCACCAGGGAAGACAGGACCUCCAGGCUUACCAGGACCCCCAGGAGAGAGGGGUUUCACAGGGAAGCCAGGCAUUGAGGGACCUCAGGGCCCAGUAGGCAUGUAUGGUAUCCAAGGGAACAUGGGCAUGCGUGGGCCUGCAGGUUUCAUUGGAGAAAGGGGUCAGCCAGGUUUACGAGGUUUACCCGGGUUUGUUGGCAAGGCAGGACCUGCCGGUCUGCCAGGCCCUGCUGGAGAGAAGGGACUCCUGGGACCUCAGGGUCGACCUGGAGAUGAAGGACCCAAAGGGAUACAGGGCCCAGCAGGCCCUCCAGGUAUUCCAGGUGCUCAUGGGGCAACUGGAAAACCUGGACCCAGGGGAAGCAUAGGGCCCCCAGGACCUCAAGGGCCACAGGGGCCAGCAGGAAUCCCAGGCCCACAGGGUGCUGAUGGGAUCCUGGGAGCAGCAGGGAAAAGAGGACCCAAGGGCUUACCUGGUUCACCUGGUGAUGCCGGCCCCACAGGACAAGGUGGACAACAGGGUCUCCCUGGCCAAACAGGAAUCGAGGGCCCACCUGGACAGAAAGGAGACCAGGGGGAUGUAGGGCCUUGUGGGAAACCUGGUCCUCCAGGGCUCCCAGGAGAGAGAGGACUUGAGGGCCCAAAAGGCCUACAGGGACCACCCGGACCAGUGGGUGAAGAGGGUGAUACUGGGGAUCCUGGUGAAGCUGGAGAUCCUGGUCCCAAAGGGGAGAAGGGUGAAGUGGGACCUCUAGGUUUGUCUGGUCGAGAAGGCCCCUGGGGAGCCCCUGGAGAAAAUGGAAAAAGUGGUCCAACGGGAGAGAAGGGCCACACUGGACUAAUGGGUGAACCGGGGCUGAUGGGUGACGUGGGACCUGCAGGUCUGGCGGGGUUAAAGGGAUUCACAGGCCCUCGUGGACCUCUGGGGCCAGAUGGACCUCAGGGACAGAAGGGGGAGUCUGGGCCCUUAGGAAUUACUGGACCUCUUGGGUCAGGAGGCCCUCAGGGAAUAAUUGGAGCAAGUGGCGUCAGAGGAGACACAGGGGGGCUGGGAACACCUGGUCCAGUAGGACAAGUUGGACCUCAGGGAGACCAGGGAGCAAAGGGGGAACCAGGGCCACAGGGACUGAGGGGAGAGCCGGGAGCUCCAGGCCCACCAGGGGAACAGGGUGAGGAUGGUCUGCCAGGAAUCCAAGGUCCUCCAGCUCUCCUAGGGUUUGAGGGCCCUCCUGGAACGAUUGGACCCCAGGGUCCUCCAGGUCCCACAGGGGCUUCUGGAGUACAAGGAAGACGAGGACCUGAGGGGAAACAGGGCAUGAAAGGGGAGAAGGGAGACGAGGGCAUGAAUGGAUCACCAGGGAAGACUGGACUUGUUGGCAGGAAGGGGAAACGGGGGAAGGCUGGACUCAGGGGGACCAGGGGAGACAGAGGACCAAAGGGUGAAAAAGGAGACAUAGGACUGAAAGGCCCCACUGGGUGGCCAGGUCUCAUCGGAAUCCCUGGGUUACGUGGAGAGCCAGGGGAUCAAGGUGAAAAGGGAAAAGAGGGUGAGAAAGGAGUCAUGGGACUGCCUGGACCACCUGGAGAUGAUGGCACGAAGGGAAUUCAUGGUCCUGUUGGGUUGUCAGGUCCAGUGGGCAUAAAGGGAGAGCAGGGGAGUAUUGGACUUCCAGGACUGAGGGGUGCAUCAGGGAUGCCAGGACUGCCUGGUUUGUUUGGAAUCAAGGGUUUGAAAGGAUACCAAGGUUUGCCUGGUCUGCCUGGCAGGAGGGGCCUACCGGGUCCCCCUGGCAUUCCUGGACUUCCAGGACAGUCCCUUAACAUGACCUUGACUCAACUCAAGGGCCUGAUGUACGUGUCUGAUAAGCCCAACUACCCCCUGAUCCAGACUCUGCUGGAUUCUCUGCAGCAGGAGCUUCAGCUGCUGGUGGAUCCUCCUGAUGGCAGCAAGGACCAUCCUGCCACCACCUGUCUGGAGCUCUGGCUCUGUCACCCCGAAUACAGCAGCGGAAUGUAUUACAUUGACCCCAACCAGGGCAGCCCAGCUGAUGCUCUGCUGGCCUACUGCAGCUUCUCCUCAACAUCAAAACUGACCUGCCUUCCUCCUCGAGACUCUCAGCUGCCCAUGAAAGCCUGGAUGAAGGAAUUUUCUGAAGAAGGGUCUUUUGAGUGGCUCAGCAGGCUGGAGCAGGGGUUUCAGUUUUACUAUCCAGGUGCUAAUGUGGUCCAGCUGCGUUUUCUGAGGUUACACAGUAGCACUGCCGUCCAGAAGGUGACUUACUCCUGCCAUCCGGGACACAGACUGGGCCAGACAGACAGAGACAUCAAAUUCCUCACUGACACAAGGAAGCAAAGUUACCUUGGAGCACUCAAGGACUGUGUGCCUGAAGUGGAGCUGGUUUCUGGACCUCGCGAGUCCGUGUUCGAGUUCGAGGACCUCCAGCUGCUUCCUCUGAGAGACUUGGCGCUAAUGGGAGGCGGAAACUUCACGUACCAGUUUGGCUUCACAGUCGGACCCGUGUGUUUCAGCUAGAGGUGCUAGAAAGCUGGGCCGUCCCAGAGGACUCGCAGGUCCAGGAUACAAACCCUUGUUCAGGACAUGGACACCAAGAGGACAAGUGGAAAACAUAUCAUCCAGUUUGUGAGGACAUCACUUCCUUUUCCUCUUGUAUUUGGGGAUUUGAUCUCUCGAGUUGAUUGACUCUAUAUUAAUGAACUUGAGGGGGGACAAGGGCCCCUAGCCAUUUCUUUCACAGAGAAGUCAAGUUUGUUUACAGAGACAUUUAUCUUACAUUGAAUAAUUUAAAAAUGUUUUUUUAAUCCUUUAUAUACAAAUGUUUUUUCUCUGUUUGAUUUAUGUUAUGUAUUCAGGGCUUCUGUUAUAGCCUGCCCAUUGUAUAUAUAAAAGUCAGACUGUCCCAGCUGGCCUCUUAACAAUGUGUUCUGGAUGGGGACACGGCUACUGUCAUCCCAUUGGCCGUAUGUGACCAGGCCAGUAAUUUCUCUCACUGUACAUCCACUACUUUAGUACUGCAAGUGAACCCAGAUGUGUCUGAGUUUUAUUUGAAAGCCCGACAUUUAUUAAAUUCCAAAAACAAUAAAAGUGGCCGGUCAUAUUAUCUUAGACAUACUUACUGCUGUCUGUUGUCAAGAGCAAAACCAAAUUUCCUCAUUUUGGUAAAAUACAAAACAGCAUUUAUUUUUUACAGUUUCAUAUAAUUAUAUGUUUUUUCACAUCUCAGGUAUAAUACUGUACUGAUAUAUACAUGGGCACUGGAGCUGUUGUUGCCACAGAGUGAGACUUUUUUAACAAAUGAAAACAUAUAAUAUUAGCCGUUUUUAAAGAUUUACAUUUUCAAGAGCAACAAACGAUUUAUACAUCAACCAGUAACGACCAGGGUCAGAUCAGAGGAACAACCGAGAUGACUGGACGUUCAACAAUCCGUCAAAAUACAUACAUAGAAAGACCAAUCGACACAAUGAAAACCUGAGAUUAGGAAGUAUUUAAAGGUAUUGUGUUCCAAACAGAAAUUGGCUGACAUGAACUCAGUGUCAGACUGGAAAAAGAAGUGAAACAAAAUUGUAUUUCAGUCUGGUUAAGUUACUAUUUCCUCCCAUUUUCCUGAAAGUCUCUGACAAAAAUGUAGCAGCUGCUUUAAUAAACUUUUUGCUGACAGUGUAUGAGAGUUUACCACAUUUUCAUUAGAUUUUAUUCUGCUACGCACCUGUCCAACAGGUUUACAUUACGUUAUUUACUAUUUCAACAAUAUAAAUGUUAGAUUCAAGUAUGUUAAGGAGAUUAUAUCUUUUUUUUGUUGUUGUAGUUGUUGGUCUCAUGUAAACCAAAGACUGAAGUUAAGCAACCAGAGCUUACAGAUCCACCUGUUUCGUCACAGAACAAUACUUUAACUUCUUUCACUGUACUGUAAAGAUCAUGCAUCAGUUUGGCUUAAUAGCAAGUGCGAGAGCAGUAGCCCACCACCGCAUAGCUUCUUUUGCCCCUGGUGGAAAAAGAAGUGCCUGCUAUUACCCACUUAGCACGGAGUAGUUGCUGUCAGUCUGAAUUUCUGCGUCUUUCAAUCUGAGAAGUGCUUGGGUCCAGAGAAAAGAAGCAAGCCCUGUAGCAUCUCCGAAGAAUCAGGAUUUGGUAGUAUGGUGUACGGUCUGCAGGGAGCAGAGGGAUACAUUUGAGUGAGAUCUCAGGGAGUUUGUGGUGAGAGCGUAGUCCGGCAGCCUAGCCAGAACAGCAGCUCCGAAGCUGGGAAAACACCGUCAUUUUCUUGCUUAUGCUAAAUUGCCUCCAAGGUUUUCACUAGGCUGAGGUGUGCUACGGCUAUCAAACUGAGAGGAUAUGUCAACCAGAUGAAUUAGAUUAAAGAUUAAGCGUUUUAGCCACAGGUCUGCAAAUUCUGGCCUAGGGUUUAUUUUUUAAACGCUUUCUUUUUUUUUAGAUUUGUCAUAUCAUCAUUCCACGUGAUUGACUUAGCUGGCUGGGACUGAUCAUUGUUACUGUACUUGUUUUGUACAAAUUGUCAUUUUUAAAAAAAUAUGAAAUGACAUGCUGGACAUCUGCCAUCAGCUCAUUCAAAGA